AUGUUUUGUUUGCUGCUCAGGUGCUGGCACUAUUUGACCAUCUUGAUCGCAAUGCUGGGCGCAAGCAAGGCACUCAUUCCAACUGUGUCUUUGGCAAAUGGUGCAGCAAUGCAAAGAUUGGCAUUGGGGCUGUACAAUGUCCCCCGAGAUCAAGUGAAGGUUGUCAUCGAUGCGGGCUUGAAGGCAGGCUUGCGUCACUUUGAUUUCGCUUCAUUCUACAACAACGAGGCGGAAUGCGGUGCAGCGCUUCGCCAGUGGCUCAAAGAAGGCCACAGCAGAUCCGAGCUUUUCAUCACGACGAAGGUUUGGACAACUGACCUCGGGGAUCCUUCGUCUGCUCUUCGCAGUGCCGAGAUCUCCAUCGACGAGUUGGGCCUCGGGGCAGUAGACCUUGUAAUGGUGCACUGGCCCAUGCCCGGCAAGCACGUCGCUGCCUACCUUGCUCUCGAGGAGCUGGUGAGGAGUGGUAAAGCAAAAGCAUUAGGCAUCUCAAACUACUCCCCUGCAGACUACCAACAGCUCAUGGAGUCCGCAUCGCUCGCACCGCUCGUCAACACAUUCGAGAACAAUCCCCUGCUCUAUCGCAAGGAGUGGUGCGACUUUUUCCAAGAUCAAGGUGUGGUGGUCCAGGCCUACAAGCCCCUGCAGCGAGGAGGGCCUGUGCUGAGCUGCGACGCCGUGCGGGCCAUCGCCGAGCGCUGUGGCCGGAGCCCGGCUCAGGUCUGCCUGCGCUGGAACCUCGAGAAAGGCAAUGCCAUCGUUUUCAAGAGCCUCACACCUUCCCGGAUCGAGGAGAACGUCGACGUUUUCGACUUCUCCCUUGCCGCCGACGAGGUGGCCGCGCUGGAUGCGCUGACCACCGAGGAGGUGCGGGCGGAGGCACAGAGCCACUGGGAGCAGCGCCGCAGCGGAACGGAUGCGCCCUGGGGCCCGGGUUUGCGGCCCGAGAAGCGGACGGUGCAGGAGGCCUGA